AUGUCCCACUUAAAGAACGUUACCUCUCAGGUAUCCAACAUUUCAGAAAUAGAUGUCAAGACUGACAAUGCUGCAGAGAAAAUAGAAGCCUUGGAGAAACUCCACGGCGUAGAUCUUGAUGAGUAUUUUCUAAAGUAUGAGCAAAUGUACCAGGAGUCACAGGAAAAUAUGAGUUUCUACGACAAAAUGGUAUCUCUCGAGAUCAAAAUCCAUUUCAAAAACAAAACACACAUGGCGUACAUGCUUGCCAUUUUUGCCUCGGUAGCGGGAAUUCUUUCUGGUUGUGAUCAAUCGUUGAUUUCUGGUGCUGCGCUGCAAUAUCCAGGCGCUCUCAAUGCUAAUAGCCAUGAACAAUCUCUGGUUUCUUCUCUGAUGGGUCUGGGUGCAGUCGCUGGCUCCAUCAUCAUGUCUCCCUUGAACGAGGCUGUUGGAAGAAGAACCUCGAUCAUCGGAUCCUGUAUCGCUUACACUAUUGGUGCGGCGUUAUGUGCUGGUUCCAUUGAUACGGGCAUGUUGUAUGCUGGUAGAUUCAUCGUCGGGGUUGGUAUCGGGUUGGAAUCAGUUGUUCCAGCUUACGUAUCGGAAUGUGCUCCCAGUGCUUUCAGAGGUAGAAUGGUUUCGCUUUAUCAGCUGUUUAUUGCUGUUGGUGAAGUUUUUGGCUAUUGUAUAGGAGCAAUGUUUGAAGACGUCCACGGAGGAUGGAGAUUCAUUUUUGGUUCUUCCCUGGUGUUUUCUACCAUCCUGUUUAUUGGUAUGUUCUUCUUGCCCGAAUCGCCCAGAUAUCUUGUCCACAAAGGCAAAGUCGGCCUGGCAUAUGGUGUUUGGAAAAGGCUUCGUGAUAUGGACGACGUCAUCAAUAAGAUUGAGUUUUUGGACAUGAUCCAGCAAUUGGAACAACAGGAGGCCUCAGAAGCCCAUUCCAAUAAACGGAUGAUGUGGUUGGACUUCUUCACUGUACCCAGAUGUAGGAGAUCACUCAUUUACGCCAACAUCAUGAUCUUUCUGGGCCAGUUCACAGGUGUGAAUGGUGUGAUGUACUACAUGUCUACUUUGAUGAAAAACAUUGGCUUUAGUGACAAGAAUGCUGUGAAUAUGUCACUCGUUGGAGGCGCAUCUUUGAUGUUUGGUACCCUUCCUGGUACGCUGUAUAUGGAUUAUUGUGGCAGAAGGUUUUGGGCCAACACCAUGCUGCCCGGACAAUUUCUCGGUUUGCUCUUGGUUGGUAUUGGAUACUUGAUUCCCCUAGACAAUCCAGCCUCCAAAGGCGUUUAUCUUACCGGAGUCAUUCUAUAUAUGUUGUUCUUUGGAUCCUAUGGCUGUUUGACCUGGGUCGUACCAGCCGAGGUAUAUCCUACGUAUCUAAGAUCUUACGGUAUGACCUGCUCUUCGGGUUUGUUGUACCUGUGUUCUUUCAUCAUUACUUACAACUUUACCAGGAUGACCGAGGCCUUUACCUAUACUGGUUUGACACUUGGGUUUUAUGGAGGUAUUGCGUUCGUUGGUUGGAUCUACCAGCUGUUGUUGGUUCCAGAGACGAAGGGUAAAAGUUUGGAAGAGAUUGACGAUAUUUUCUCCAAGCCCACCUCAGUUCUCAUAGCCAUCAACAUCAAGAACAUUAAAAGAGACUUUUACAACAUUUUCCACGGGAACUUCAAAGAAGUGGCCAAGGGAGAUAGUGGAAUUUGA